UUUACUGCACGUGACAAAAAGACUCAAUUGAGGUUUACAACAUUCUAAAUAACCAAAAGUUAGAAAGAUAAAAUGUAGUAUUUGUUCCUUUUUAGGUGUUAGGUCCCCUCCACUGACAAACAUGGGUUUGUUUGUCGCAAUCUUUUCAGCUCUUCUCCUGAGUGGAGUUUGUAGAGGAGGACCGACUACUUUAAUACCACAGUCAAGUACCUGCUGGGUCAUCGGCGCCCUCUACUCCACCUUUGAUAACCAUCAGUACGACUUUAUGGGUAACUGCACCUAUAUCCUGGCCAAGAACUGCCAUGUUGAUGACACCCUCCCGGCCUUUGAGGUGGUGUCCAAGAACAUGAACGAGGGAACCGUCCGGUUCCCGACAGUGGACACCGUCACUCUUAAUGUUCACAACAUCACCAUCGAUAUAGUUCGCUUUGAGUUUGGUAUCGUCCGGGUGAAUUAUCAAAAAUGGAAUCUCCCGAUGAACCUGAACAACGGCCAGGUGAAGUUGUUCCAGAGAGGUCUGUACGUCAUCUUGGAGACCGACUUUGGACUGACCCUGCAGUACGACUGGAACGAGUACAUUGCCGUCUCAGUGCCCGGCAGUUUUGCCGGGAGCGUGUGCGGCCUGUGUGGCAACUUCAACAACAAAGAGGAAGAUGAUCUCACCACUCCCAGUGGCUCCGUGGCCAGCAGCGUGGUAGCGCUGGCAAAGAGCUGGAAGGUUCCCGGCGCUGUAGACGAUGCCAGUUGCCAAGAUGGGUGUGGUGACGAGUGUCAAAACUGUCCUCUCACCGAAGUUCAGAAAAUAGAGAACCAAAUCUUAUGUCAAGCCCUCCCAAAGAAUUUUGUAGAAUUUCUGGGCUGCCAACCUGUCAAUGACUUCACCAUCUUUCAAAUCAACUGCAUGCUCGACCUCUGUCGAGGUGAAACUAUGAACAUGUUUCUCUGCAACACUCUUCAAGGCUACGCGAACAUCUGUCAGAGGUCUGGGGCCAAAUGUCUCGACUGGAGGACUCAGACUCAAUGCCCUACACCCAAGUGCCAAGAAAACAGCCGCUAUGAGUUCUGUUGGAGUGGCUGUCAUGCCACAUGCGCAGACCCCAACCCUCCCGCAAAAUGCAACGCCACCUGUUUGGAGACGUGUGUCUGUAAUGACGGCUUCAUACUCAGUGGCAACGCGUGUGUCCCCAAAGCUCAGUGCGGCUGCAUGUAUGAGGGCCACUAUGUGAAAGCCGGAACCUCCUUCUGGGGCAGUGAGAGCUGCACCCAACGCUACACGUGCUCCGCUGGUGGAAGUUUGUCUUCCAAUCAGACGAGAUGUCCCGUCGGGCAGCAAUGCCAAGUGGUGGAAGGGAUCAGAGGAUGCUAUCCUCUCGCCACGUGUAUGGUGUCCGGUGACCCACACUUUGUGACCUUUGAUGGGGAGCGCUACAACUUCCAGGGCACUUGUGCGUACGAGAUGGCUAGCGUCUCCUCCAAUCAAACCAACCUGGAACAAUUUAGCAUUGUGUUGCAGAAUACUGGUCAAGAUAAGAAGAUUGGGUCCGCUGUCCAGCUGGUAGAGGUGAAAGUGGACGGGUACACCAUCACCCUCAGCAAAGAGCUCCCUGGUGCUGUUUUGGUAAAUGGCGAGCACUCCAACCUCCCUUUGACUCUGAGCAGCAAUAAACUCCAUCUUUACCCGAGCGGCUGGUUUGCUGUGAUCGAGAUGGACUCCGGCGUGAAGGUGUACUACGACUGGAACAGUGUCGCAAUCGUCACCGUUCCCGCUGCGUACGCGGGCGCGAUGCAAGGUCUUUGUGGCAACUACAACCUGAACCCCAAAGACGACAUGCAGAUGAGAGAUGGGAAACAAGCCACCACUUCUGAGGAGUUCGGUCAAAGCUGGAAAGUCGGCACAAUCCAGGGCUGCGUAAACGGCUGCAGUGGCCCCUGCCCCGGCUGCAACGCCACUCAGAAAGAAACCUACAACACUAAGAGUUACUGUGGCCUCAUCAGCGACCCUGCAGGCCCGUUCAGAGACUGCCACGCCGUGGUCGGCCCGGCAGGUUUCCUCGACGACUGCGUGUAUGAUGUCUGUCUUUACCAGGGCAGCAGGAACAUGCAGUGCAAGACUUUGACCGCCUACACAGCCGCCUGCCAACUGAAAGGUGCCACAGUUUACAUCUGGAGAUCAGCUCUGUUUUGUGAUGUGCCGUGUCCAUCAAAUAGCCGUUACGAGCUGUGUGGCAACGACUGUCUCACGACAUGUCAGAAAGACCCAAACUGUGGAGCUCCGUGCAUGGAGGCAUGUGUCUGUGACGAGGGUUACCUGCUGAGUGGAGAUCAAUGUUUACCUGCUGACCAGUGUGGCUGCACAUUUGAGGGGAAAUACUACCACCACGGACAGGUCUUCUACCCUGAUGCCCUUUGCCAGAAGGAAUGCACCUGUAACGGCACAGUGCAGUGUAAGCAGUCCUCUUGUGGCUCAAAUGAGAAGUGCGAGAUGAAGAAUAAUGUGCGGUCAUGUCAGCCUUUGAGAAACGGAUUUUGCUCCAUCUCCGGAGAUCCACAUUACAACACCUUUGACAACACCACCUAUGACUUCCAAGGCACCUGCACCUACAUCGCCGCUCAAAGCUGCCACCUUAGCGGCACGAAGCUGCCCGAGUUCUCUGUGUCGGUGGAGAAUGAGAAGUGGUAUGCUCUGUCCGACAAGCCCACGGUGUCGGUGACCAAACUGGUAGCGGUAGAAGUUUACGGAAUGGUUUUGAUCCUUCGCAAUAAUGAAAUUAAUAUGGUUUGGGUAAAUGGAGUCCUAUAUCGACUUCCACUGAACCUCCACAACGGAGCAGUGAUAGUGUCUCAGGAGGGGGCAUUUGAUGUCAUUGCUACCGACUUUGGACUGAGGGUCGCGUACGAUCUGGUCUACCACGUCACGAUCACUGUCCCGGGAAACUACAACAGCAGAACCUGUGGUCUGUGCGGCAAUUUUAACGAUGACAAAGCAGAUGAGUUCCAGCUGCCAGAUGGCAACGUGACGAAGGACUUCCAGGCAUUUGGAGAGGCGUGGAAGGUGGCCGUGCCUGGGGCGGUCUGUAGCGAUGGGUGCAGUGGCGACCAGUGCCCCAAAUGUGAAGAGUCUGUGGAAGCCCUGAUAAAGGAAAAAUGCUCAAUAAUCACCGCUAUCAAAGGUCCAUUUGCCGCUUGCCACGAUGUGAUUAAUCCCACCUCCUACUUCAGAGAUUGUGUCUUUGACACUUGCAUUUCCAAAAACAACGAAAGCGUGCUGUGUCACAGUGUCACUGCAUACGUGUCAGACUGCCAGGCCUUUGGCGUAAAGAUUCAGAACUGGAGAAGUACUUCUAUCUGCCCUUUUAAAUGUGGUGCUGGCAGCCAUUAUGACAUCUGUGCAGUGCCGUGUACCACUCCAUGUCCUGGUCUCAGUGACCUGGUGACAUGCGCAACAACUUGUGCGGAGGGCUGUGUCUGCGAUCAAGGCUUCCUCUACAAUGGAACUGGCUGCGUGCCUUCUGACCAGUGCAGCUGCUACUACAAUGGCCGCAGUUACAAGGUUGGAGAAUCCAUUAUAACUGAUGACUGUCACAGGAUAAACACCUGCCAGGCCUCUGGAGUAGUUCUGUCCCAAAACAUGUCAUGUGACCCCAACGAGAGAUGCCUGGUCAAGGAAGGCGUGAUGGGCUGCCAAGUUCAGCAUUGCCUUCUGACGGCCAAUGGGGAACUCACUAAAUUUAAUGGGGAAAGUGGUACCAUUACAGUGCCAGGAUCCUAUGAGUUUAUCAAGAACUGUGACGUCUCCCCGACAACCCCCUGGUUCAGGGUGGUGGGGAAGCUUGAGACUUGCACUCCUGGUGUGAACACCAUUUUAGCUGUGUAUGUGUUCUUAAAAGAAGGGAUGAUCACAGUGGACAGCAAACAUCACGUCUGGAUAAAUGGAAGAGCGUUGACUCAAACCACUUUCUCCCAGGACAGUAUGCGCGUGGUGGUCUCUGACAAUACAGUGACAAUUAACGGCACUUCCAGCUUUCAGGUGUCUUUUAGUUCAACGAAUGAAAUCACCAUCAAUGUCGGUGUCACAGCAGCUGGCGUGGUAUGUGGGGCAUGUGGAACCUUCAAACCUGCGGACACAAACCAAGUAAUCCCUUAUCCCGUGCCGCAACUGAACAUCGGGCAAUGGACAGCUCCAGAUUUCCCCGAAUGUGAUUUGUAAAUUUCAGUCCUGCCAGCUUCUCAUCAACGGCAUUGAUCAACAUCAGACUGACAUCAUCAUUGAUUCAUGAAAUCAUUUGUAUAGAGAAUACAACAAUGUGGGGGCCCAUUACGACACCAACACAUAUACAUACAUGUCUCCCUUUGUAUUUGUUACAUCUCUCACAGUGAUAUAUUCUAUUUUGAUAAUAAAGGAUUUAUCAAAUAAUGAACCAAAUGUGUCAAUAUACAUUUAGAACAAAUGUAAACAAUGUGGUGGGUACAGCAUUGCAGUCAUUCAUAGAAAAGACAUUUUGAUUUGACUGCUUCAUUGUUUUGUGGGUGUUGAGAAGAUGAUCUGUCACUCGCAAUUACGAAAAUAAAUACAUUUCUCCCAUGUAUUAAUUAAUGUGUUGAAUCACUAUACUUCCGAUUGUAACUAUUAAUGAAUAAUUUCUCCUUUCUUUCCUUCAUGGUUUUCCUAACGUUAGAUGUUUACUGCAUGAAAAAUCACUGUUAAUCUUAGAGAAAUAAACUAUUUCCUACAGCU